CAGCACGGGUUGGGGUGAGCAGCAGGGAGCCCGGGGCUGCCGCAGAGGGCCAGCCGGGGCCACCGAGCACUGGUGGCCGCAGCUUGGCUUCAGUCUCAUCCCCAGCGCAGCAGGAGAGCAUCUUCGGUCCCCGGCAUCUGGGGUGUCUCCUGGCCUGGUAGGGGAGGUGAGGUCCCACGCUGGGGUCAGCAGCCGGGCAGGAUCCGUCCCCCUCCCACAAAGCUGCCCUGGGAGCGCGGCAGCAAGUGAUGGCCAUCAUGAGACCAGGCCCUGAAGACGGAAGCACCAGUCCCUGGGGCAGCUCCUGGCGUGGGCACAUGGCUGAGCCGCAUGACAGGGACCCCGCGCCCCGGCUGGACCUGGGCAAGAAGGUGAGCACGCCGCAGGACCUGAUGAUCGAGGAGCUCUCCCUGCGGAACAACCGCGGCUCCCAGCUCUUCCAGCAGCGCCAGAGGCGGAUGCAGCGUUUUGUCUUUGAGCAUCCCAGCGGCUACAGGGAGCUCCCAGGGCUGGGGGCAGGUGGCUCACACCGCACCGAGAAAGGCGACCCAGAGGGAACGGCAAACGAGUGGAUGGCAGAGGAGGACGCCGGGGGCCAGCAGAGUUAUCACUCCGAGCUCCACGUGGCAGCGUUGCCCCAGGGUGGCCCCCCCGAAGUGCCCAAGAAGACAGAGAAAGUCUUGCAGAUGAGCAAAGUCCUCAACCCUGAUGCUCUGGCCCCGGGAUACUCAGGGCCCCUCAAAGAGAUCCCCCCGGAGAAGUUCAACGUCACCGCCAUCCCCAAGGGCUACCGCUCCCCAUGGCAGGAGCUCCUCGGUGACAAGGACAACACUGUGCAUGGUGAGAACCAUCCACCCGUGAGACCCUCUCCAUGGGCCUUCAGGAGCUUCAACAGGAGCUCCUCCGUGCCUCCACUGCUCAUCUGUCCCUGCCUCCAGCAGCUCCCCAGAUCUCGUCUCAGCUCCACCACUGGGCUUGUGCAGCCUUAAGCAGCUUGGUCUCACGGGGUAACCUCAGGGAUGAUGGCUGAAAUUUGGGAGAAAUUCUCAUGCACAUGGUCCUGGAGAAGGAAUCACUGCUGUUCCCAGCUGGGCUUAGCUCUGGGCUGGGUGGAGGAACAGCACAGACACUGCCAAGUCUCUCUCCUGAUUUCUUUAAGGUAUCCAAGCAGCUGCUGGAAGCGGUGGGGGUAUAAGGUUAAUCUUCCCACAAGGUGCUAAAAGGUCACCAUAUUCCUUCCAAACACCUGCUUGAGAUUGAAGUCUCCAGGUCCAUUUAUGGUGGCUCAGCCUGGCAAGCUCCAUGCCCUGCGCCUCCUGUGCACCUCCAAAUUACACUGGGGUCGAGGUUGGGAGCAGAGAUGGCCAAGGAAAAUCUCCACUCUGGAGAGGUGUUUGGUGGGCAUUCAGGAGAUGGAGAUGUGGUGACAGCAAAGCACCAGCAGCCCAAGAUAGAAUAAUGGGAACUUUUAAGCUGAACAUCAUCCCAGGGAUUCUGCAAAGGGAGGUCCUGGCUCUCCUCCUCACUGGAAGCCUCUUUCAUGAGGAUGAAAGUACGUUAGCCUCGGUGGCCUUGCCAAAGUCACCUUCCAGUAGGCAAGCUCCCACUGGAGCUCCCUACCAGGACACAGCACUGCUCCCCAUCAGACAUGGCAUCAACCACGGUGCUGGGCCUCUGCAGAUGGCAGCUUUCCUGAGCCCGCACCAGGGUUGGAUUUGAGUCACGGGGGAGAUGACCGCUGCGCUUUGGAUGCUUGGCAGAAGGGGCUGCAGGGAACUACAGUCCCUCUGCAUGGAAACCACGUCCCAAAGGGCAGAGAUCAGCCCGACCGCCGGCGGAGCUGAGAUGGCGCUGCCACCGUCCCUUUGCUGCUCUCCUCUCCCUCAGCCCUGGGGCUUUGCCGUGGGGCCUGGCGAGGUGCACAGCACAAGGCUGCCCCACACUCAGCCUCCCCCCCGUGUUUCCCCUUCCACGCCAGUGAUAGCGUGGCAGCACACCGGUUUGCACUGGAGUGGAGCUGAGGGAGACGAGGUUAACAGAAGGGACAAGAACCCAUGGGCAGCCAUGGGCAAGUGUGGAGAAGCAAAGGGGCUGCCUUAGCUAUUCCCUCAGGGUCUCCUUCCCAGUUACUCAGCCAUCUUGAGCUUUCCUGGGGCAGUAACCUCCGAGGAGGUGCCACAGGGGGAGAACACGGAGCUGCUGCAGACACUUGGCUCUUUUCUUUCAACGUUUAGCCAUGUUCCUGCCUCAGUAUUUAUUUAGGGACGGGGACUGAAGCAAGGGCAUGUUUCUGAAUAAUGCUUUACCCCGUACCAUUUCUCCCCUCUCACAUGCUGCCUUUCUAUUUAAAGUCUUGAACUGUUAUUUAAUACAGAUGGAUGCUAAUUUAACACC